CUUAAUAAGAUAUGCUGCCUUAAUGUGUAGGUAUGGCUCAGGAAUGUUCCUCAUACGCCCCUAGUUGAUGAUAAAGGAGGUCAAAACUGGAUUUCCAGAGCCAAAGAUAAGUUCAAGUUCCCUGGAGGUGGCACACAAUUUAUACACGGAGCAGAUAAGUACCUGGAUCAGAUUUCUCAGGUUCUUAAUUUUAAAGGUUAAUGUAUGCAUGAAGAUAAAAUAAGAAAUGAGGUCUGCAUUUCUUGGCCUCUGAUAUUCAGGUUCUUUUAAGCAGAUGGUCCCUGAUAUCAUGUUUGGUCACCACACUCGAGUGGUAUUGGAUGUUGGAUGUGGUGCAGCUAGUUUUGGUGCCUAUUUGCUUUCACGGAAUGUCUUAACCAUGUCUAUAGCUCCUAAAGAUGUCCAUGAAAAUCAGAUUCAGUUUGCACUUGAGCAUAAUGUGCCUGCAAUGGUGGCUGCCUUUGCCACUUGCCGUCUAUCAUAUCCAAGUCAAGCCUUUGACUUGAUUCAUUGUUCUAGAUGUAGAAUCAAUUGGACUCGAGAUGAUGGAAUUUGGUUGCUUGAGGUCAAUAGGAUGCUACAAGCUGGUGGAUAUUUUUCCUGGGCAGCACAGCCAGUUUAUAAGCAUGAAGAAGCCCUUGAGGAGCAGUGGAUAGAGAUGCUUAACCUUACAGCUCGUCUUUGCUGGAAUCUUGUAAAGAAGGAAGGCUAUAUUGCAAUCUGGCAGAAGCCCUUUAAUAAUAUUUGUUAUUUAAGUCGUGAAGCAGGGACAAAACCUCCUUUAUGUGAUCCCAAUGAUGACGUGGACAAUGUUUGGUACAUUGAUUUGAAGUUGUGCAUUACUCAACUCCCUGAGAACGGAUUUGGUGCAAAUGUUGCCUCAUGGCCUGCCCGUCUAGAAACUCCUCCUGAUAGGCUCCAGAGCAUACAAAUAGAUGCCUACAUAACCAGAAAUGAGCUCUUCAAGGCAGAAUCAAAAUUUUGGAAUGAAACAAUAGCAAACUUUGUUAGGGGGCUUGGUUGGAAGAAGAUAAGAUUAAGAAAUGUGAUGGACAUGAGAGCCAGCUUUGGAGGAUUUGCAGCAGCAUUAAUUGAGAACAAGCUUGAUGCUUGGGUUCUAAAUGUGGUUCCUGUUAGCGAAUCCAAUAUCUUGCCAGUUAUUUAUGAGCGUGGACUACUAGGAGUCAUGCAUGAUUGGUGUGAGUUGUUUGAUACAUACCUCAGGACGUAUGAACUCUUGCAAGCAGCUGGUCUCUUCUCAGUUGAGAGGAAAAGAUGUAACAUGUCUACUAUCAUGCUUGAGAUGGACCGGAUAUUGAGACCUGGUGGGCAUGCUUACGUUCAUGAUUCUAUUGAUGUCAUUGAUGAACUUCAAGAUAUAGCAAAGUCCAUGGGAUGGAAGGUACACCUACAUGAGACGGGUGAGGGUCCUAAUUCAAGUUACAGGAUCAUGGUAUGCGAGAAGCACCUCCUGUACACAAGAAAAAGCCAGAAUCAAAACAAUUAGAUUGCCUUUUCCUGCUAACAGCUAGACAAAGAUAAUGGUUGUUGCACAAGUCCAUCUUCUUUUCCAUCUUGUAUGAUGGGAAGGAUGGAUGCUCAUUGAAACUGCCUCAAGAUAGAAAGAGCGAAUGAAUUCAUUUUCUUAAUAUCUACCAUUUCAGAUCAUUCACUUUAAAAACACAUGUAAUUGAAAUUCAUUUUUU